AAUCGAUCGAGAUAGCUCUGUAGCAACUUUUCGGGUUUCAGCUUUUUACAUUUUCGAGAAACCAAGUCCAGACAUCGACAAUUCGAAUUUUAUAACUCUAUUAAAGUCCAAUGCUAAGUGUUACCGGAACAAAUUUUCGGAUCAGCGCUCCGGAGGUCUAUGGCGAACCGCCGGAUGAGAGCAUCAGUCAUGCGGCCAAGAUAUACGGACUAAGUGCCAUCCUGGCCGCCAUCGCAUUGACGCAGUGGCUCAUCAUUGGCUCCACCGAGUUGCUGACCCACAACCGAUCGGAGGAGCGCUACGGCUGGUGGCUUCUGUGCACCUUCUUUGCAGUCGCCACUCUAUCGUGGACCAAGUUUGGACGCAAGGUGCCCUUCAACUACAUCAUUAUCGGUGCGAUCGUGGAGAGCUCCACUAUAUAUAUAGCCAUGGAGCAGAGGCACAAUGAGAACAGGCUCGUCAACUUCUACGCCGGCAUUGUGGUGGUGGCCCUGAUGUUGGUCUCCAUUUUUUGGGGCGCCUACUUUCCCAUGUUCGUUGUUCCCGGCGAUCUGCUGCUCAGCUGUUUGGUGGUCAUAGCCAACAUUAUGAUGAUCAUAUUCUUCAUCAAUGUCCUUUUCAUCAACUACCAGGGCAUAUACUACGCUGUUCGGAACACAUUCGCCCUGGUGGCCAUCUGCAUGGUCAUGUACACGGCCACCAUUAUCCACGAUCGCCAGUUCGAUGUGCCCAAGAACGAGUAUCUGUUCCUCAGUGUCCUGCAGUUCUUCUCCUACAUGAUCCUGCACGAACGCAUCCUGGCCAUAUCCUUUACAAGUACGAAAAAAACAGGUUGUUAGGUGCAUGUCCUUUUUGGCAGUCGUACGGAAUUUGGAAUCUUAACAUAUCUUAAAAAUUUGUUGCAUAAAUUUACUAAAUGUUAACCUGUAUCGACUAGACUCUUCAAUGCGGAAGAUAUCUUAAAAAGCUA